CUUCAAAACCCUUCAGCCUCAGUCCACCAUCUCCAUUCUCUCCAUUAAUUUAGAAUAGAGGCUUGGUGUAUUUCUUUCCGACGAACAAAGACCAUGGAGCAAAAAAUAGUAAUCAAGAUUUGUAUGCCUGACCAGAAAUCCCGCUCCAAGGCCAUGCAAACUGCAGUUAGCUUCUCAGGUGUUGCAUCUGUUGCGAUUUCGAAAGAUGACCAUAUGGAGGUGAAAGGAAUUGGAGUGGAUCCUGCUGACCUAAUAAAUUGUCUAAGAAAGAGAUUUGCUACUAAAACUUCCUGUCUGGAAAAACGAAAGGGGUUUGCAACGCUGGUAAGUGUAGAGGAGAUCAAGAAGCCUGAACCCAAGCCUCAACCCAAGCCUGAACCCAAGCCUGAGCCGCCCGGGCCAGUGUGUGGGCAAUGUGGGUGCUGCAUGCCAUGUCCAUGCGGACCAUGCCGUCGUCCUAUGUAUGUGUGUGUGGAGGAAUAUCCCAGGUACUGCUCCAAAGACUGUGAUACUUGCUCAAUCAUGUGA